AUGCCGUCGAAGGGGAAUUCAUUCACGGAGUACAGUGAGAAGCCGGGCUCGCGGCGGCCCGGCUUGCUGAAGAACCAGCUGCGGCUGGUGCGGCGAGUGAUGCCGGACGGCAAGGCGCGCAAGGAGAUAGCUCCGGUGGAGGAGCAGCUGUCGUUCGAGAAGGGCUUCUUCCUCUUCAUCCGCGCCGUGCAGCUCCUCACACAGAACAACGCAGGCGUGAUUCUGGUGGGGCUGGCGGGGCCGUCGGGCGCGGGGAAGACGGCGUUCACGCACAAGGUGGCGGGCUUCAUGCCCUCCAUCGCCGUGCUCUCCAUGGACCACUAUAACGUCGCCUCGCGCGUCAUCGACGGCAAUUUUGACGAUCCGCGCAUCACGGACUACGAGCUGCUGCUGGAGAACAUCGAGGGGCUGAGGCGAGGCGAGGCGGUGCAGGUGCCCAUCUACGACUUCAAAUCCAGCCAGCGCGUCGGCUUCAGGGAGCAAGCAGUCCCCAAGUCGCGUGUGAUCAUCCUGGAGGGCAUUCACGCCCUCAACGAGCGGGUGAGGCCGCUGCUGGACCUGCGAGUGGCCAUCACGGGCGGGGUGCACUUUGACCUCGUCAAACGCGUGCUGCGCGAUAUCGACCGGUCGGGGCAGGCGCCUGAAAGCAUCAUUCAACAAAUUUCCGAGACGGUGUACCCGAUGUACAAGGCGUUCAUAGAGCCGGAGCUCAAGACGGCGCACAUCCGCAUGGUGAACAACUUCAACCCCUUCUCCGGCUUCCAGGACGCCACCUACCUCCUCAAGUCGCGAGCAGAGGGCGAGGGGUGGGAGGAGCGGGUGAGAGCGGUGCUGGCAGGGGGGCAUGCAAGGGAGGAGGUGGAGACGUACGAGAUCUACCUGCUGCCGCCCGGAGAGGACAAGGACACGUGCCAGUCAUACCUGCGCAUGCGCAACCGCGAUGGGCGCUACUCGCUCAUGUUUGAGGAAUGGGUGACGGACGGUCCUUUUGUAAUCACACCGCGCAUCACCUUCAGCGUGUCGGUGCGGCUGCUGGGAGGGCUGAUGGCGCUGGGGUACGAGAUAGCCCACAUCGUUCACCGCGAGUCCAUCGUGCUCAAAGAGCAGGGCGAGCAGGGGGGUCAGGGAGAGGCCAGCAGCAUGCUUUCAGUCAAGAUUGACAAGAUUGAGCAGCUCAAAGCCACCUACGUGCAGGUGAUAGGCAAGGACCGCAAGCGUGUGAAGGAGGUGGCGGAGCAGCUGGGCAUGGAGGGGGAGGGGGGGUACAUCUCCCAUCCUUAUAUCGAGGAUAUCAAGCUGCACCACCUCACUCAAGAGAUUCAGAGCAACCAGCCGUCCCCCCUCUCCUCCAACGCGCUCAAGGCUCGUCUGCGUAUAUCAGACGACAUUCUGCCCUUCAGCCCCCCCGUGGGCCCGCGCUUUGCCUCGCCUACCUCCUCCUCCUCUGCUGCUGCUGCCUCUUCCUCCUGGUCGGCAGGCGGCCACAAGCUCGACAAGACCAAGAGCCUAGCGUCCAUGGGACAGGGAGACCCGUCUCCAGACAGCAUGCCAGCCCCCACAGCCGCUUUAGCCAAGGCGGAGAUCAGCACCAUGCGCUCUGCCUGCUCCGCCACUGCCCUGGAGCUGCUCAAGCUGGAUGCUAGAGGGAGCCCUGGGGAAGGGGGGGAGGGCGAGGCUGAGCAGGGGCGGCGGGCGGUGGAAGCAAGCCCUGCAGGGCGUGGUGGUGGUGGGAGGGGAACGUCUCGCACUCGUCAAGGGAGGGGUGCUGACGAGCAGCAGGAGGGGCAGCAGCAGCAGCAGCAGCAGGCGCCAGUGGUGCUGUCGGCAUCGGCGGUGGCGAAAAUGCUGCAGAGCAACGAGGACGUGGAGGGCAAGCUGGCGAGCAUCGCACAGCAGAUGGACCGGCUGCUGCAGCGCUUGGAGCAGGUCGCACAGGCACGCAGCAGUGGCAGCAGCAAACCACCCGCCUCCAGCCUUGCCAGUCGAGCAGAGGGGCACGGCGGGCGCACGGCUGAGGGCGGUCCACAGGGACAGCAGGGCUCCAGUGGUGGUAGCGCGGUGCAGAAUGGCUUGGUGUUUGUUCCGCUGGGGCAGGAUGGCGACAAGAGUGCGAGGGAGGGUGGGGGCGGAGGGAGCGGGCUACAGAGGGAUGUGAAUGUUGUGGCGGAGCAACAGCGGCACAUGACUCGCCAGCUGCAGAGGGAUGUGAGUGUGGAGGCGGAGCAACAGCGGCACAUGACUCGCCAGGUGAGGGGUGUUGAGACAGCAGGUGAGGGGCGGUGGUGGCAGCGUGGUAGGUCGAGUCUCGACACCCCUCCCAUGAGCAGUCCGUUCCCCCAUUUCCUGCCCCCCGUCUCCCCCUUUUGUGCGGACGACCCGCGGUCACGAAAUAGCCCCACCCCCACCCAUCCCACUCACUUGCUCCCUCCCCCUUUGCACACCCCUCGCUCUCGCCCCUGCGCCCCUAGGAGAUCCUCCCUCCCAAGCCACAUGCACUCCCUCCAGCCAAUCCGCCAAUCCAGCUAG